AUGGACUUAGCAAGUCAGGCUCAUGUGCUGGUGGUCUUGCUCACCUGCAUGGUCUUGCUAUGCUUGGCCCAGGAGAGGGACUACACGGUGAAGGAGGAGCAACCAGAGAACGUCCGCAUUGGGAACCUGCGCAAGGACCUAGAUCUUAACCUAGACCCCAACAUUAGGUUAUCUUCGCCGCUGCAGUUCAAGCCUGUUUACAAGACAGGUGACGUGCCUUUGGUGAGGGUUGAGGCCAACACGGGGGAGAUCUUUACCACCAAUCACAGAAUCGACCGGGAGAAGCUAUGCUCGGGGGUCUUCGCUGAGAAACGCUGCUACUAUGAGAUUGAGGUGGCCGUGCUACCCGAUGAGAUCUUCCGAUUGGUCAAGAUUCGUUUCUUGAUAGAGGAUGUGAAUGACAACGCGCCCCUUUUCCAGUCCACUGUAAUAAACAUCUCCAUCCCAGAGAACACAGCCAUCAACACCCGGUAUCCAGUGCCCUCAGCGUUUGACCCUGAUGUAGGGAUCAAUGGAAUCCAACAUUAUGAACUAGUCAAGAGUGUCAGCGAGUUUGGCUUAGACAUCAUCGAGACUCCUGAGGGUGACAAGUGGCCGCAGCUAAUUGUUCAGCAGAACCUGGAUCGUGAGCAGAAGGACACCUUUGUCAUGAAGAUAAAGGUGGAAGAUGGUGGCAACCCUCCCAAGUCGAGCACUGCCAUUCUUCAAGUAACCAUCUCUGAUGUCAAUGACAAUCGUCCCAUCUUCAAGGACAGUGAGCUGGAGGUCACAGUACCCGAGAAUGCCCCCAUGGGGACAUCAGUUGUUCAGCUCCAUGCCACAGAUGCAGACCUUGGUUCUAACGCACAGAUUCACUUCGCCUUCAGCAACCAGAUCUCUGCCUCAACAAAACGCCACUUUGCCAUUGACAGCUCUACAGGACUGAUCACUGUAAAGCAGCCGCUGGACAGGGAGCUAACGCCUGUCCACAAACUUAUCAUCCUGGCAAGUGAUGGCAGCUCCACCCCUUCCAGAGCCACAGUGAUUGUUAAUGUAACAGAUGUUAAUGACAAUGUUCCCUCCAUAGACACUCGUUACAUUAUCAACCUGGUUAAUGGGACUGUUCUGCUGUCUGAGAAUGCACCUCUCAACACCAAAAUAGCUCUAAUUACUGUUACUGACAAGGAUGCAGAUCUGUAUGGCAAAGUAGCUUGCUACACUGACCAUGAUGUUCCCUUUCGGUUGAAGCCUGUCUUUAAUGAUCAAUUCUUACUAGAGACAGCUGCCCCCCUAGAUUAUGAGACUACACGAGAAUAUGCAAUUAAGAUAGUGGCCUCGGAUAGGGGGACGCCUCCUUUGAACACUUCAGCUAUGGUUUUAAUUAAAAUCAAGGAUGAGAACGACAAUGCACCCAUCUUCCCCCAGCCGGAAAUCCAACUUUCCAUACCGGAGAACAAUGACCCUUCCACACAGUUAAUAAAAAUCAGCGCCACUGACGCAGACAGUGGACAUAAUGCUGAGAUCAUUUAUACUCUUGGCCCUGAUGCGCCUGAUGGGUUUAACAUAGACAGACGGUCAGGAAUCCUCUCUGUUGGCAAACGACUGGACAGAGAGAAGCAGGAGAGGUAUUCAUUCACUGUCAUAGCAAGGGACAAUGGUUCCACAUCCCUGCAGAGCAAUGUCACUGUCAGGCUAAUCGUCCAGGACCUUAAUGACAACAGCCCAGCUUUCACACACCCUGAAUACAACUUCUAUGUGCCUGAGAACCUGCCUCUCUAUGGAACUGUGGGCUUAAUCACAGUCACAGACGCAGAUGCAGGAGAUAAUGCUGUUAUAACCUUGUCCAUUUUGAACGGGAAAGAUAAUUUCAUCAUCGACCCCCAGACUGGUGUGAUCAAACCCAAUAUCACCUUUGAUAGGGAGCAGCAAAGCUCAUACACAUUUAUGGUCAAGGCAGUUGAUGGAGGUCAACCUCCGAGCUCUUCCUACGCCAAGGUCACUAUAAAUGUAGUUGAUGUGAACGACAAUCGCCCUGUGUUCGUCAUCCCAUCCUCCAAUUAUUCAUAUGACCUAGUGCGGACCACCACAACCCCUGGUGCUGUGGUCACAAGAGUGUUUGCCAUUGACAAUGACACAGGUAUGAAUGCUGAGCUGCAGUAUAGUAUCAUCAGCAGCAUCAUCAUCACGUCUAGGGUCUCCCCUCGAGGUCUCUUCACCAUUGACAAAACAACGGGUAACAUAACACUGCAGGAGAAAAUUGUGGUGGCUGAUCAGGGGCUACAUAGGCUGGUCGUCAAGGUCAAAGAUCUAGGCCAGCCUGAGUCAUUACAUGCUAUUGCACUUAUUCACUUGUUUGUCAAUGACACUGUGUCAAAUGCUACCUUUAUCCAAGAGCAGCUGCGAAAAAGUAUGGAAACACCCUUGGACCGUAACAUAGGGGACAGUGAGGUAACACCUCAAGCUAACGGAUAUGUGAUUGUCGUCAUAGCUAUCAUAGCAGGGACCAUGACUGUCAUCUUGGUAAUAUUUGUGACUGCCUUGGUGCGUUGCCGGCAGACACCCAGGCACAAAGUGGUACAGAAGGGCAAGCAGAGUGGUGAAUGGGUGUCGCCAAACCAAGAGAACCGUCAGAUCAAGAAGAAGAAGAAGAGAAAGAAGCGAUCACCCAAGAACCUCCUCCUGAACUUUGUGACCAUAGAUGAAUCCAAGCCUGACGACCCCACCCAUGAGCAUGUUAAUGGUACAUUGGAUCUCCCUGUGGAGCUAGAGGAGCAAACCAUGGGGAAGUACAACUGGGCCACCACGCCCACCACCUUCAAACCCGACAGCCCAGACUUAGCCAAGCAUUACAAGUCUGCGUCCCCUCAACCUACAUUUCAAAUUAAACCGGAAACUCCAGUGGCCCCAAAGAAACACCAUGUGAUCCAGGAGCUCCCCUUGGACAACACAUUCGUGGUGGGCUGUGACUCACUCUCCAAGUGCUCAUCGACUAGCUCCGACCCAUACAGUGUCUCAGAGUGCAGCUGUCAGGGGGGAUUCAAGACUGCGGGGCAAAUCACCACCCGACAGAAUCUGAGCCAGACACCGGAGAAGUCUUUUAACUCACCGCCCCCUAUUUGUCCUCAUAAGUCUCCAAAUCACAGACUAAUAAAACACUUUUGGGAUGAGGUGAAGAGGGAUCUGGCAGUGAGUGAUGUGGGUAAAGAAAGCCAGACACUUCCUCAGCUAUGCCAUGAAGCCUGUCAACUUGGCAAGAUAACCUCUGUGAAUGUAAACCUUGUUGUGAGUAACAUGAAGAAUUCAGGCAGCAGUAUACAUGUUUCUAAUUUAUACAUAUUUGUUGAUGUAUUCCAGACCCAGCGCCGUGUGACGUUCCAUCUUCCAGACGGUUCCCAGGAGAGCUGCAGUGACAGCGGGCUAGGAGACCCGGAGCCUAGCAGCACGGCCAGCACCACCCAGCCUCUUCCCCUCAGCUUCCCCCAGGAGGAGUUCUAUGAGCAAACAUCACCUAACAGCCGCACUGAGGGGGAUGGAAACUCAGACCCUGAAUCCACUAUCGAGGUGAACCUGCAGAAAGCUUUGGCUGAGGCCUCUGAGACCUGUACCCAGGAGUGUCUGAUACUGGGCCACUCUGACAGCUGUUGGAUGCCCCCAGCCCUGGCCCAGUUCCAGAGUCCUGGCAGCAACAGCCCCGCCUCCACACCUACCACCACUGCCAUCUCUGGUACGCUCCCCUCCUUUGGCUUCCAGCAGAGCUGUAGCCGUGGAUCCAAAGCUAACAUGGGCUGCAUGGGGGUCAUGGAUGGUCGCCAUACCCUGGGCAGGUCUGUGCCUAAAAGAGAUGAACUGGACAAAGGGAUCAACCGGCCGCAGUUCUACAACACCCUGGACAGACACUGCAGUAGUAAGAAGGAGGAUCCCGUCAAAGUCAUCCCCCUGGCAAGCUUCUCCUCCCCUGGGCAGCAGACGCCUACCGGUGGGGGCAGCAGCUCCUUCUUACAUGAGCACCAGUUGUAA